UGUAUGUUUCAUGCACUGCAGUUUUGUGACAGAUGAAAUAAAAUUUUCCGAAAUUAUGACAAUGAUAAUGACAGUUUAGUCAUCGUUUUGAAUACUUACAAAUGUGAUUAAUGAAUGCACCAAACAAAAACGAACAGAAAGGAAGUCACACUUCAGACAACAUUAAAUAUUAUCGUAGGCGAAUGGCUGACUCAUUCCAUUAUCUCCCACUUGACUGGAUAGAAUAAUAUAUUCCCAAUAUGACAGAAUUUUUGGCUGACAAUAACCCAUGUGGUCAAACAAUCUUACGUCUUGUAUCCAGAGGAAAUGCUAUUAUAGCAGAAUUAUUACGGCUGAAAGAUUAUGUUCCACCUGUUUUCAGGCUGGAAACGAAACAAGAGCAACAGAAAUAUGGGGAAAUUAUUUCAGACUUCAGUUAUUUUAAAAAGUCUGAUGAGUUUGAUUCCAAAAUAGAUAAUAAUGAGCAACUACAAGAUUUAGAUGAGGAAUUUCGAGAAAAUUAUACAGAAAUUUUGACCAGGUUCUACUUAACAUUUGAAAGUAUUCACAAGUAUGUGACCGAUCUCAACCACUUUUUAGAAGAGCUGGAGGAAGGUAUUUAUAUUCAACAAACUUUGGAAGGAGUACUUCUCGAUGAGGAAGGACGACAGUUACUAUGUGAAGGUCUGUACCUGUAUGGUGUGAUGCUGCUGUUAGUUGACCUCCACAUAGAAGGAACGGUCAGGGAGCGCAUGCUUGUUUCUUACUAUAGGUACAGUGCACAGAGAUCCAGUGCUGACAGUAACAUUGAUGAUGUGUGCAAAUUGUUGCGCUCUACUGGCUUUGUAAAUACUCCUGGUGCGAAAAAAAUACCAAACUAUCCAGUAGAAUACUUCAGGCGAUUUACAAUAAAUCCACUGUAUGUGGAAAUGGUUUUGGGUCGUUUGCGGUCAGAUGAUAUUUAUAAUCAGCUUUCGGCUUAUCCUUUACCUGAGCACAGGAGCACUGCACUGUCAACUCAAGCUGCAAUGCUGUAUGUGUGCCUCUUCUUUGAUCCAAAUGUGCUGCACAACCAGACUGCCAAAAUGAGAGAGAUUGUUGAUAGGUUUUUCCCUGAUAACUGGGUCAUUAGCAUUUAUAUGGGUAUAACGGUAAACCUGAUAGACUCUUGGGAGCACUUCAAAGCUGCAAAGACAGCCCUCACUAAUACAUUAGAAAUGUCCAAUGUUCGAGAGUACGCUUGUAAAUAUUCAUCCAGGUUACAGAAACUGAUACCACAGACGCAGCAGCUGUUAAAAGAAGGAGUUUUAGUGGAAGAAAAUGUGUUGGACCAUGUCAGCAAGGUUACAAAUAUCAUACGUGAAUGUAACGUGACUUUGCGAUGGCUUAUGCUCCACACUGCAGCCCCAGGAGCUGCAUGGGAUGGAAAUAAACGGUGUAAACAGAUACGUGAUCAAGUAAUAAAUGAUGCAAAAUACACUCCUCUUCAGGUGUUUGAACUGCUUUUAAACACAGCAGAGUUUGAACUAAAAAUAAAGGAUCUUUUUAAGCAUUUACUGUUAGAGAAACACAAUAAGUGGGAUAGCUACAAAAUGGAAGGAAGAGAAAGGAUGCAAGAGUUAUCAGAAGUAUUUUCUGGAACUAAGCCACUCACUAGAGUGGAGAAGAAUGAUAAUUUGAAGAUGUGGUUUUCUGCAAUGGCCAAACAAAUUGAUUCCUUGAAACAUGACGAUGCUGCAGCCUCUGGAAGAAAAAUCGCUCGUCUCAUACAAGCACUUGAUGAAGUUCAAGCAUUUCAUCAGUUGGAGGCCAAUAUGCAGGUAAAGCAGUUCAUUGUAGACACAAGGCGUUUCCUGAUACAGAUGGUGAGGACUGGAAACAUAAAAGAGGAAGUCCUAAUCACAUUGCAAAUUGUAGGAGAUCUCAGCUAUGCGUGGGAGGUAAUUGACCCAUAUACUUCUUACAUGCAACAGGGAAUUAAGAAGGAUCCAUCUCUUGUGAUAAAACUGAGAGCAACAUUUCUCAAGCUUUCAUCUGCAUUGGAGAUUCCUCUGUUACGAAUCAACCAAGCUCGCAGUGCUGAUAUGGUGUCAGUUUCACAGUAUUACUCUGGUGAGCUGGUGUCAUACGUUCGUCGUGUGCUACACAUUAUCCCAGAAACAAUGUUUGGGUUGAUGGCUCGUAUUGUGCACCUGCAGACAGAUGUCAUAAAUGAAUUGCCAACACGGUUAGAGAAAGAAAGGCUGAGAGAGCUUGCACAGUUAGAAGAGCGCCAUGAGGUUGCACGCUUAACACAUGCUGUUUCAGUCUUCACAGAAGGUAUUCUAAAAAUGAAAAGUACGUUAGUUGGUAUUAUCCGUGUGGAUCCAAAACAGUUACUGGAAGAUGGCAUUCGCAAAGAACUUGUUAAACAAAUAGCUACUGCACUCAACUCAUUACUGGUUUUCAACCAGAAAAGCAAGACAAGUGAACUUAUGACGAAACUAGAAAGUCUGGAAAAGAUAAUGGAUGGAUAUCGUCGAUCUUUUGAAUACAUUCAAGAUUAUGUUAACAUAUAUGGGUUAAAAAUAUGGCACGAAGAAGUAUCUCGGAUAAUAAGUUACAAUGUGGAACAAGAGUGCAACAGCUUUUUGAGGAAUAAAGUGCAAGACUGGCAAAGUGUGUAUCAAAGCAGGACAAUUCCUAUUCCUCGCUUUCCUCCAGCUGAUAAUACAUCUGUCAAUUUUAUAGGCAGGCUAGCAAGAGAACUUUUGCGUGUGACAGACCCUAAGUCUACAGUUUACAUAGAACAGAAAACAGCAUGGUAUGACAUGAAAACACACAAUGAAAUCAUGAAUAUCAAAAGUUUUUCCAAAAUAACACGUUCUGUAGGAACUGCGGGACUGACUGGAUUGGACAGACUCUUCUCAUUUAUGAUAGUUACAGAACUACAGAAUUUUGUUAAUUCGCUGCAGAGAGGCAUUCUAAAAGACAAAGGGUGGCUUGAUGUGUUUAGUGUGGUGUCCAAAGGGUUGUCACCAAAUACCGAUACAGUCAGUAAUCCUGGACGUUUCUAUUCCCAGUACACUUCUAGAGCUCAAAAAGUUUGGCCACAGAUCCUUGAGUGGGUGCUGAAGGUUGGCCAGAUGCAGGUUAUAAAGAAGCACAUAGCCUAUGAACUCAAUAUUUCAUGCAAGUUUGAGUCCAAGAAUUUGGCUUCAGCAUUGCAAGCAAUGAAUGAAGCACUGCUAUCUGAGAUAGCAGCUCACUACAAGGAUCCAAGUAAACCAUAUCCAAAAGAGAGUAAUCCAUUAAUGUACGAACUGUCAACGUAUUUAGAUUGGGCAGGAAUGAGUAACCCAUACUCCAAGAUAUAUAUAACCACCAAAAAUUUGCAGUACUUGGCAUUGUUACUGUUCCUUUUUGCAAUAUCACAGCUGGGAAGACUGCAUUAUGCUCGUAACUUAGGUACACUGAUCAACAAGAAAUCUCAAGAGCCCCUGGAUGGCAUUCCAUUUGUGGUGGGUGUGCAGACAGUGCUGCGACAGUUCCAUCCAGAGAUCAGAAACCAGUUUAUCUUGUACGUGGGCCAGUAUGUGAAAUCGUAUGUGGAAUCUGGAAUAAGCUCAAAAUCGCCAGAGUUUUCUGCUGAAGCUGCAACAGGGCUGCACUUCCUGGAAAUGCUUGUGCAUUACUCGGGCUUGCCACGAAAUACCUUGGCAGACCACAUACCUGAGCCUGUCCUCGAUCAGUACCAGUCACUUGUCAGUGCAUAAUUGACAGACAGUGUCUGUAAUUCCAUAGUCUGUGACAGUUUUUCUUGAAUCUUCUUAAAUUUUUGGGUAUUUAUUGUAAAUUGUGAUUUACUGUUGUAAUGCUCAAUUUCUUGCUUUUGUAAUAGCAGAACACAAAGCUUUGUAAUGGACUGAUUAUAUUUAUAUAUUAUUA